UUAAAAUCGCGAGGACAGAAAAAUCCUCGUCGGUUGCCCCGGGGUCGUCUCCUUGGAAACCGUUUUGAAAAACACUACUAAGUUAACUCUAGAGAGAAAGGAGGAAUUAUUGAGUUGCGUUGUAACGGUAUUUGGGGAACUCUUGCAUCGGCUUGUGGCCAGAAAGGAAAAUAAAAGUUUUUUAAAAUUAAUUUAAGCACAUUUUGAAGGCUGAAACAGCUGCGAGCAAAUUUAUUUGUGAUGUCGGACAUCGUCAAUCCACUAGCAAAUCCUAAAGGGGUGAAGAAGCUGUGCGAACUUUGUCAGAAACCUGCAAAACGUCAGUGCACAAAAUGCCUGGUCACAUUUUACUGUAACUCUGAGCACCAGCAGAACGACUGGACCAGUAUUCAUGAAAAAGUGUGUCCGUUGCUGGUAUCUAUCCACGCACCUGCACCGUUCGGCACACUGCAGUCCGACCGAGAACACCACCUCAAAGAAACACUGAAGAAGCAGAAAAAUCUAGUAGAGAUUGCUCAUUUAGAAGCGCAGAGGUGGGUUUCCAUGAAGAGGUUCCGAGAUGCGUUACCGGCCGCUCUCCUGUUCCUGCGCUGGGCCAUGCAGGUGUACGGACCCUGCGCUGUUGAACUGGUACCAGCUUACCUACUGCUUGCACAGGCUAACAUAGGUUUGGGUUCUCUCUCCCUGGCAAAUGAGUAUCUGUCUAAGGCCGAGUGGACACUAAUGAAAACACCAGGCUGCAGUCACACUGUCCUUCAUCAGCUACACAGAACCCUGGGCCGCCUGCAUGCUGCCAUGGGAAAAUACACAUCUGCUCUCACUCACUUUGCCAAUGACGUGUACUACGCCAGUGAGGUGUUUGGUUUGGAGAGCACUGUGACGUCUGGAGGAUAUUUCCUUCUGGCUGAUGUGUUUCUGAAGCAAAACAAGCCUGACGUUGCCCAUUCGCUGUACACGGAGGUGGCAAAUUCAUGGCAUGCUCACUUGUGUAAGCUGAUGGAUGGCAUCAGUCAGAGCAGCACUCAACCGGAGGAGUGUUUUGAUGAGGCCCAGUGUGUGGAGACUGAUCAGAUGCUGAGAUGUAUCUUAGAGUUUGAGGAACAGCGUGUGAAGCCUCACCCUGACCAGUCAGCCAUGUUGGCUCAUUCUCUGGCUAUGCUCUGGUUACUAUGCAACAACCACACGAAGGUAAACAAUAAAGAUAGACUAAUUAAAAGUAUUCCAUUCAGACACUUCAUGAGAUACAUUUACAGCAUGUUCCUGAAUUCAACACUCAUCACCUCCUCAGCAGUGCCCUGCACAACCAAAUAAUAGUAAAUUACCAAACGUACAAUUAAAUAGAAAGUGCUGAGAUGGAACAUUUGAAUUCCAUUGACUUGGAUGGAUGUGCUGUGAACAUGUUUAAGUGCUUCAGUGGAGAUUAACACUAAAGACUAAAACCAUGAUGGAAAUUGACAGUCAGACUGUUCCACUGCUAUUCUGGUUGUAAUGGGAUUCUCCUCCUAUGUCUCCUACUUCUCAGACUCCAUCUUAAAUCCCCAGUUCUUAUCGCAAACUUGUUCACUUCCAGCUCUCGUAUCAAGCUACAGCAAAACACCCUGAUUUAUCACUUCACAGCUCCUAUAUCAAGCUGUUGACAUCUUAUGGAUUUAACUCACUGUACUCCCUAAAUUAAACCGCUAAACUUGCCCCACUAUCAUAUCAUACAGGUGAUAUUGUUCCACUCUCUUUCUGUGCAUAGAAACUAGGUUGUCUUUUUUGGUAUAUAUUCCUUUUGAUUUUGUGUUUGUGUAUAUAGGCUUUGGAGUAUGGGAAGAAGGCUGAGGCGUUGAUCCAGGGGUUAAGUGAACAAAACGCACUGAGAGAGUCAAUCCAUAAUCUACUACAGCAUGCUGAAAAACACUUGGAAUGAGACCGACCACUAACCUACGACCCAAAUGCAAAAAUCAAAAAAUGACCACGAUAUACAGCACAAAAACAGUGUAUUAUAUACUGUAUAAAUGUGUUUAUAUUCAUUCAUUAAAUUGAUGGAUGUUGGGAGAUUAUUGAUGUAUUAAGGCGCGAAAUUUCAAUUUAUAGCAAUCAUUCGCCAAAUGAGUGAAUUAAAUUAAAUUAAAAAUGACUGGAUUUAGCCUGAGAAAAUUCAUAGAACGGUGAAUGUGACAGCAAAAAUCUUGCAAGAGAUCAGUGAAAAGGGCCUGUCAAAUGUGAUGUGAGAAAUAGACAAGCUGACACAGUUUCACGUUCUGGACAUUUUUAAAAUGUCUUUAUUGGUAUUAUUGGUAUUAUUACGUAAUAACACAUAACAUCAAUGUUAGCGUUCUAUCACUAGUAAUUUCUUGUUUUAAAUUAUACAACAUUGCUUGGUUUUUGGCAUUAAGGUUCCCACUAGAAAAAAAAAGAAGAAGAAAAAAAAAAAAAAGAGGCAAUGAAAUGAACACAUGGAGUCUCAAAACAUUUCCCUUUU